AUGAAUCACGAUAGAAAGUAUGCUUUGAUAAUAAUUGAUCUUUAGAAUGAUUUUUUAGAGGAUAACCAUUUCUCUGAUUUAAGGGGUGGAGAUUUGAAAUUCAACAGGUCAAUUCUUCCAAGAAUAGAUUAAAUGUGCUAAGUAUUUAGAAAAAAUUAAUUUCCAAUUAUAUGGAUACAUUCUAUUUAUGGUGAAGUAGAAGAGUUAAAAUUAUCACCUCUUUUCUUCAAUCCCACAGAAGACAGGAUUUAAAGAGUACCAUUAAAUAACCAUCUCUUAAGCGGAAGUCAUAACUAAGGUUAACCUACUUGCUGUAAAAGAGAUACAACUGGCAUAUAAUUUUACAAAGAAGUUGUUAAAAUGUAGGAUUAAGAGUAUGAUAGGAUUAUUUAAAAAUAGUAUUAUUCAGCUUUUAGAAAAACAGCUCUACUAGAUUAUUUAAAAGAAAAAAAUAUCUAACAAGUUGUUGUCUGUGGAAUAGCAACCAAUUAUUGUUGUAGAGCUACAAGUGUUGACGCUUUUCAUUUAGGUUUCGAUGUAACUAUGCUUUCAGAUUGCUUAGCUGCAUCAACUUAAGAAAGACAUAACACAGCUUUGAAUGAGCUUAAAAAUACAGAUUUAUAAAUAAUUGAUUCAAGUUAAUUUCUACUUAUUUUAGAUUAAAAAAAUAAAUGA